AUGCCCGUAGCCGAGGGUAAGCACUUCACCAUCUCCAAGCACGUGUGGGACUGGGAACGCAACGUGGACUGCCACUCUUCCCUUCAGAGCGACUACCCCGAGGAGAAGUACAAGAUGCAACAUGAUAUCUACAGCCUAGGUGUUUGUCUUCUCGAUUUGGGUCUCCAAGAGUCUUUUGUGACGUACGAUGCGGCAAGAACCCCUCAGCCCAGCCCCAGAUUCACAGAUGUCAGCACUUGGUUGCAGAGGUCAGGCCACAGCACGACUUGGGGCUUUGCACAAUACCUCAAAGACUACUUUGAGCAUCUAGCGUGCAAGGCCACCUGGUCCACCGCCGCCUCCUCCGAACGCUCCUCCUCCACCUCCUGGCGGCCCUCCUCCGCCACCUCCGUUCGAGCCUGGUCCGCCUCCGCCUCCCCCGGGGACACCACCUCCUCCCCCCGGGACACCACCGCCACCUCCGGGAACACCACCACCGCCGCCUCCGGGAACACCACCGCCACCGCCUCCACCACCAUCGCCGCCGCCGCCGCCUCCGCCUCCUCCACCGGGGCCACCAGGACCGCCACCUCCUCCACCACCUCCUCCGCCUGGUUAUCCAGGGCCACCACCACCACCUCCGCCGCCACCAGGACCUCCAGGGCCUCCAGGACCCCCUGGGCCACCUGGACCUCCUGGGCCACCGCCGCCGCCGCCUCCACCACCACCAGGACCACCUCCUCCUCCUCCUCCUCCACCUCCGCCGCCAGUCCCGACAACAGUUGUCGUUACUACGACCGUAUUCCCCGGAAUGAGCACGAGUACUUCAUUGCCACAAGCCCAAACCACCGUCUUCGUCACAGUCACUCCCCCGCCUGUGACCAUUACGGCCGCGGUGAUUCCCACCGCAGCCCCCGAUCUCAGGACCGAUGGCGGUCCAAGAAGGCUCCAGCCAACGGCACCUGA